ACUAGAAAGCCAACAAACUACAUGAACAACAAAGCUCCUUCAAGAUAAGACACAAUCUUCAAGAUCCAUUUCAUGGAUACCUUGCCGACCUCUGUCUCCACUCUCAAAGUCUCUGGUCUUAACUCCACAACCCCUCGUGAAUUCCAUCUCAUCAAACCCCCUCACAUCUCUAACCUUGCUACUUCUCACUCCCAUCUCUUAACCACCAAACCCAACUCAAUCUCUAACAAGCCCUCCUCUUCCUUGUCCUUCAAGAGCCAUUCUUCUCCCUUCCUCUCUUCCUCAUCACCCAACUCUCCAUCACAAAUCGUUCAUCGAAACGCCACGAGUGGCUAUGCAGCUGCACUUUUAGAUGUAGCCCGCAGCAACAAUGUUCUUGAAACCAUCGAAAGAGAUGUCCGAAGGUUCUCAAGAUUGCUUCGACGAGAUGGGGAUCUCCGAUCAGCCUUGAUCGAUCCAUUCUUGGAUGAUAAGAUGAAAGGUGAAGUGGUGAAACAAGUAGCUGAGAAGGGGAAGUUUCAGAAGCAUUUGGUGGUCUUGAUUAAGAUGAUGGUUGAGAAGAAUAAGGUGGGGAUGGUGGGUGAAGUUUUGGAGGAAUUUGAGAGGAUUUAUGAUGAACUCAGUGGAACUCAUGUUGUUUUGGUUUCUUCUGCAAGGAAGAUGGAGGAGGAUCAAUUGGUUGGGAUUGCUAAAAGGGUGCAAAAACUGAGUGGUUCAAUGAAAGUGAAGGUGAGACAUUUGAUUGCUCAGAAUUUGACCUAGCUCCUUUGCUAUGUCU